AUUGUGUAAUGCGGAGAGUGGAGCAGGUUUUAGGGAAGGGUUUUUUAUCAAACUGAUAUGAGCUCUGCUGGCCUUUAAAACAUGGACCAUCAGACGGAGAGGUGAGAAGCAGGGUAUCAAGACUACAGUGUCCUGUGAAGCCAUGGCCUCCAAUCUUCCUCUCCUCUUCCUGGUCUUGUGCAGUCUGAGUGUGGCUCAGUCCCAACUGAAGCUGUUUAAUAUCCGGGCCAGCGGUCUUCCCUCUGACUUGUUGGGAACCACAGAUGGCUAUGUCAAGGUGUUCUGUGGCUCAGCCACGCUGGGUUCAACAUCCAUCCGUCAAGACGAUGCCAACCCCUGGUGGGAGGAGGAGUUCUCCUACUUCAAGGCCCAGCAGAACAACAUACUGAGGCUGGAGGUGUAUGACAGUGAUGUUGUCUUUGAUGACCUGCUGGGAGUCUGCCAGCGUCAGAUCAAAGUGGGAACCCAUGAGCAUGACUGCUUCCUGGAGAAAGGUGGCACCCUCCAUUACACCUACACACUCGGCUGAUACAGUCAUUAGGCAUGUAUGGAUGUAUCCAACCUUCUGGUGCCACUGUCACACUUUUUCCAAGGCUGACAAUAAAAAAUAAACUUGUGUUGCAACAUCCAAA